GUUUGGUCGUCGCUUUGACGUCGUCGAGUCGAGUCGAGUCGGGUCAAGGCGUGUUUCGCGUUUCAUUUUGCACACGUAAGACCGACAACAGUUUACCGUUGCCGGGCGUGAAGUGAUUUGUUCGCGUGCAACGAGGCCGGUAUCACGAUCGUCGGUGUCGCAUGUACGAAAACGGUAACGCGUAUACGGAUUGUGCCGUAUCGUGAAGAGGUAUAACAGUGGGGUGGAGCGGCGCCGUCGUUGCGGCCGAACACGGCUCUUCUCGAGACUACAAGAGGUCGCAAGGUGACGCGACGCGCGCCGUCCCGACGUCGCUGAUAACGCCGGAUCUCGAUAGCCCAGUGCCCUAGACUUGUCCCAGGAUCGUAACAAAAUCACCCCAAAAAAUGUAAUCCUCCGAGUGUCUUAACGAACAUUCAUUAUGUUGCUUCGUAUUAUAAACUUUCGAGUGACUUGAUCAAAUAGUCCUUUUUUUGAUUAACCCUUACUCUAGCCACCUAAUUUAGAUAACCCAUUAAAUUCGUUCCUAAGAAAUUUGGAAUAUUUUGAAAGAACAAUUUCAAGUAAUUAUAAUAAUAAGAUCGUUUAGAUAAAGGGUUAAGGAAAAAUCGAGGGUCCCCAAGCGAAGGGGUUCCCCUCGUGGAAGCUGCCAGUUGGUCCGUGCAUGCGUCCGGCACUGUCGGUCGGUGGUGACGAAGGGGCUGAUGUCAGUGCGGCCACUCGGCGCCCGUUUCGUGGCUCGGAUGCGCGAACGCGACACCCGCAUCGUCCUCGUCCCGCGAGUGAAGCUCCCGGCUGAACCAGAGGCGGCAGUAGCAACGGCCGAUGACGGUGAUGGUCAGCCGCGAAACAGUGGUGAUUGCUGCUGACUGGUGCACGAUCCUAGGCAAUCUGUGUGUCGCGUACGGUGCUUUGCCAGUCGCUAGGUUGGCUCUGGGGGUGCAGCUUGGGGAAUAAUGCGCGUUAGGCAGGUUACACGGCUCAGAGGACGACAGGACGACACGAAGGACCCGAGCAGCCAGACGCAGCUGCACCUGCAGCUACGCAAUUAUGUACGCGUACGGUUUCGAGAUCACGUAGUGGCUGCCGUGUAAUUAUGUUGUCAUCGCGCGGCGCACCCUGUGGAGCUUCACGGUGAAAAUCUGGCGUGAGCGGUGCCGCGGUGGAACGGGGAACAUGGCGUCGGGCUCGGCCGAGAUUCUAUCCAGCCAUGGGCACAGCUUCAGCAAGAAAUCGUUUCACAAGCCGACGUACUGCCAUAGCUGCACUGACAUGCUGUGGGGCCUUAUACAGCUGGGGAACAUCUGCGAAGUUUGCAACUUCGUGGUGCAUGACCGCUGUCUUAAGACCGUCGUGUCUCCCUGCUCCAGCAUCGCGGCAAGCCUCAUUAAGAACCCGGUUGCACACUGUUGGUCCGAACCGGUAACUCGUAGAAGGAAAUUCUGCAAUGUCUGUCGUAAACGGCUUGAUGAUAAUCCAUCCGUACAUUGUGAAAUAUGCAGGUACUUCGUGCACACGGAUUGCCAGAACUUUGCCGUGCCAGAUUGCAAGGAGAACGCCACGUAUUUACCUGGAAAGGACUUGGCACAGGUAAAACACACCCAUCACUGGCGAGAAGGCAAUCUUCCCAGCAGUUCGAAAUGCGCUGUCUGCAAGAAAAACUGUUUCACUGCCGAGUGCCUUUCCGGGUUUCGUUGCGAGUGGUGCGGCAUGACGUUGCACUCUUACUGUCACAAAAAUAUCCCGCAAGAAUGCACGUUUGGGAUUUUGGAACCGAUCUACCUGCCACCGCAUGCAAUCAGUAUUCCACGUACAGAGGUUCCCAUGGAGGCCAUCAUCGGAGUGCAAGUACGCCGAAAAGAAGUUCUGGCGCGUGAGUAUUCCUGCCAUAACAUCGGAGAGCAAUUCGAUUUCGCUGAGAGUGAACAAAUUGGGGCUGCAGGCCGCCUAGCCGAAGCUUUGAGGCGCCUUUCACUAGUUUUGCCACGUAGCUGCCAUGGAAAUUGUCAUGCUUCCCCUCCUUAUGUUCGAGCACGAAGCAUAUCGGAAGAGUUCAGCAGCGGGGACGCAAGGUAUCGUGAUAAUGGUGAACCAGGAUCAGGUGUUGCCUGUAGUCGCGAUCCACGUUCUCGAAAGGAGAAAGAAGAUAAAGAAAGAGGUGACGAAGAGAUGAUCAAGGUAUACGACGGCAACAAUUCCCUUAGACGACGAAUAUUUCGCGUGAUCACGGUGCCACGGCAAGCAACCACCGAACAGGUCCUCACGUCAGCGCUUCGUGCAUUUCACAUUACGAAAGAUCCUAGCAACUUUUACCUCACCGACCUGUAUGCUACGGAUGAAACCGAAUUAUGCGAUCCAACUCCGGUUCUAAACUUGAAUUCCAAAGAGGGCAAAUGUCCGGCUGUCUUCUUACGAUUCAAGGAUAGCGAAAACGGAGAGGUACGUGUCUACCCAGGCAAAUUACAGGUGUCUGAACCAUUCUGUAUAGUACCUGUGACAGAAACGACAACCGUCGCAGAUUUAAUCGAGGAAGCGCUUCAGAGAUUCGGUUUACAAAAUUUCAAAUCAGAGGACUACAGAUGCAGCGAGAUCCUUUUGGAUCGUGAUGUCACCGAAAGGGUAUUAUCUCGCGACGAAAAGCCAUGGGAAAUCGUGAAACAGCUAGGCAAAGAUUCUAUCAGACAAAUGGAAUUGAUGCGAUUCUACCUGCAGCUGAAACAAGAUCCCCAUGGACCUAAUUUAGCUUUAUUCGUGGGUAAUCUGCCGCCAAAUCUCUCUGAAAGAAGUUAUGAAAAUAUGUUGACCGAAUUCUUAGGCAAAGAAAACAAAUUCUCCUCUAUUGGUCCGAUAUAUUACGAAUACGGCUCGAUGGUGAUUAUUUAUGAAGAUUCCAACAAAGCAGUCAGAGCAUUGUACACCUUGCGAGAAUCAAAAUACGAGGAUAAACACCUUUUAGUUAUGCUGUUACCGAGUAUUGAACCAAGUAUGGUACCAUCUGGCGUGCAACCAUUACUUGUCUUCGUGAACGUAAAAUCUGGUGGUUGCCAGGGUUUGCAGUUGAUCUCCAGCUUUCGUAAACUAUUGAACCCUUAUCAGGUGUUUGAUCUCGACAAUGGAGGUCCACUUCCCGGACUGUACGUUUUCCGUCACAUCAAGGACUACAAAAUCUUAGUAUGCGGUGGAGAUGGAACGGUCGGAUGGGUACUGCAAUGUUUGGACAACGUAGGUCAGGACAGCGAGUGUUCCUCACCUGCUUGCGCCAUCGUACCCUUGGGUACCGGAAACGACCUGGCACGUGUACUCUGCUGGGGUGCCGGUUACACAGGCGACGAAGAUCCUUUGAAUUUACUCCGUGACGUUAUCGAUGCGGAAAAAUCUUUGCUGGACAGAUGGACGGUAGUUUUUCAUCCCGAAGAGAAGGAGGACAAACAGAUGGCUACCAAUGCUGGAGGAGCAAGCGCCACCAGCGAGGAUAAUACGCAGAUAUUCGUGAUGAAUAAUUAUUUCGGUAUCGGUCUGGACGCUGACUUGUGCUUGGACUUUCACAAUGCCAGAGAAGAGAACCCGAAUAAAUUUCGAAGCAGAUUACGCAAUAAAAGUGUCUACGUUUCGAUAGGUUUGCGGAAAAUGGUGAAACGGACACUGUGCAAAGAUCUGCAUAAAGAAAUCCGAUUGGAGGUGGACGGAAGGCUUGUCGAAUUACCUCAAGUCGAGGGAAUAAUUAUCAUGAAUAUUUUGAGUUGGGGCUCCGGGGCAAAUCCUUGGGGACCAGAUACCAGCGAGGAUCAGUUUUAUACACCGAACCAUGGGGAUGGAAUCCUAGAGGUGGUUGGUGUCACAGGUGUGAUGCAUCUGGGGCAAAUUCAAUCUGGUCUUCGUACAGGGAUGAGGAUAGCCCAGGGAGGUCAUAUAAAAAUCCAUUUGCACUCUGAUAUACCAGUACAAGUAGACGGAGAACCGUGGAUCCAGAGUCCAGGAGAUAUUGUUGUAUUAAAGUCAGCAUUGAAGGCUACCAUGUUGAAGAAAAAUAAGAUCAAGCGUCGGAAUACCGAACCGUCGAUCCCACCCGCUAAUGGGGAGGGGUGCAAGAGCACGGACGAGAGUACCAACAAAGCCUAAAAUGAAGUUUGCGGCUAGAUCGAUCGGUUUAAUUCCACGAAACGAACUUUCAACCCGUAACCACCACCUAGACUUCCCCAAAAUGUGCAUAAUGUGCAGCGAUAUAGGGGAGUUUCGGUGUGGCCACCCUACCAAAAUAACACACACACACACACACAUUAUAUAAAUACACAUUACAUCACAGACGAACACAUUUGUGUAUACUUCCGGUGUAGUGAGAGCUCACCAUCGAUGUUCCGCCGCAUGCCCUGUGUGCCAAUGCUCUUGAUGUACAUCGGGAUAACUAAUUAGCUCUUAGAAAAUUUUCCUUUUCAAAAUUAUUUCUACACUUUGCAAAUAAACUGGGUCAUUUUAUUAUUUUUAGGUGUUUCAAAUAAUUUCAAAUAAUUCUGAGAUACUUAUGAAAGUCUCUACUAUACUAAAUCUAUUAUUUAUUUUAUAAAAUAUUUGUUAAUGAAUGAUGCUAAUUUUUUAAUUUUUAUUUGUAUUUCGUUCUGGUGAUCAAGAUUUAAGUUCAAUUUUAAGUAGCAUAAAGAAGUGUGAUUGAUAAAUUGAAACUUAUCUAAGAACUAUUAGUAAUCCUGACACUUUAAUGCUCCACGCAAUUCAAGCUUGUCGUAAUGCAGUGUUGUGAAAAAUUGAAGGUUUAACAAAAGUUUGUUGAUAUAUUUUGUCAAGCAAUGUACAAUACGCAAUGACAAUCAUGUUAUUAUGAUUAUUAAAUGAGGAAGAUCGUGCUUCAAUUUUUGAAAAAUGGGAAUGAACACAGAUUAAUCCAUAUGUUUGUGAAUAAAUGUAAAUUUAAAUUACUGUUGAUGAUAAAUUCUAUAUCUAUUUUAUACGAAGGGUGAAAAUUUGAUUAUAAUAAAUUGAUUGUUUCAUUUGAUUAAAUAUCUUAUUAAGCACAGUUUAACUUAAAAAUUAUUUACAUUUUACAAUUUUAUAAUUUUCAUGCUACUCGAAAAUUUUAAAGAUUAUUUCAUAUAUAUAUGAUUAACAAUGGAGAGGUUUAUUUUCAAUUUUUAAAACAUAUUGAAUUUAAAAGAAAUUCAAUUGUGUUUGCGAUAUUAAAUAUAGAUUUUUGUUCUGAAACCUAUACCUUUUCACAACACUAUCAAUGAUUUUAUAAUUGUGCAUAUUUUCUCAAAUAAUAUUUUUCAGCUUGUACUUCUUACAAUUAACCCUUGAAGGACCUUGUGAAAUUUCAAAUAAAAUUUAAACUCUAAAUCAUUCGUUAAGACAACAAAGCUAAAGAGAUUCUAGGUAAGGUUUUCUCUAGUUUCUCCUUGGGUUCUCCCAAGAUCAGAUAUAGAUGGUGGGAAAUUCCCCUCCUAUGGGAAAAUCACCCUUAACCCUUUUUCGAACAGAGGCAGUAGUUACCCCUGAAAUCUUAAAAUUAAACACUCUUUAAUCCUCAAUUAUCUUAUCAAAUUUGUAAACAUUGUAAAGCAGAUUCGAAACCAUCCAUUUGAAAAAAGGAUUAAUCAAUAAGAGAUUACAUUUCACAAGAGUGUACAAUACUUCUUAAAUUAACAAAAAAGUUAAAAAAUAAUCUUUAGCUAAUCAAAGAGAAAUAUUUUCAAAGUAAACGAUAUGUAACUAUUUCAUCCAGGUCCUUCGAUGGUUAAUUAAAUGUUCGUUUCACUUCUCUAUUCGUUCCACGAGCAUCCUCCUCUCUGUUGGUCUCUGAGUGUUCUGGCUGUUGUAACGAGCUCGAGAAUCGUCGGUGUGUUUUUUUCUUUCACGGUCUGGCUGGCAUUUGCCACUUAUCUUUGAAUUGCGCUCCUCUGUGGCGGCCCCUGUAAUCCUCUCCCUUCCUAGGCCACGAUGCUGAAGAAGACCAAGGGUAAAAUUAAACGGCGUAACACAGAGUCCAGCAUGCAGCUGGCACUUCAGGCCGCUCCCUCGAAUUACCCGGAACCUGAAGUCUUCUGAGUGACCGAUCGUUCUCCCCCGUGCAAACGGAACGAGGAUGUCGCGUCACGAAUCAUACCGUCACGUACAAUUAACACGCGAAAGCGGCACAGCUCUAGCACAACACGAAAUCGGCCUCGAAAUUCGUCUGUCUGACCACAGUCGCACGUUGUACGAACAUGAAACUCAAUGCACAAAACAGAAAUACAACAAAAUAAAAAGAAAAUCAAAAAUACCAUUACACCCGGUCUGAUCACACGAAAAACGCAAGGGAAACUCCUCCAGGAAAAGCCAGGAUGAACAAACGAUACCUACCGAAGAAGAUGAAAGAGAAGUAGAAGAAGAAGAAAAAAACAAACGCUCGUCUAAGGACACUUCAUUAUGAACUCAAUUAAUCUUUAAUGUCCCCUUCCGAGUUGCUAGGAAAACUAGAUCUCAUUUUUAAAUGUUAAUGAUCAUUAUAUAGCAUUGUACGUAGCUUCGAUCGAUAUUUUUUUAGUAAAAGAUAAAGAGAAAAAGAAAGAUGACGAUAAAAAGAGAACGAACGAACGAACGAGUGUGUACGCGUGUGUGAGUGCGUGAAUGUGAAUGAGCAAAUGAUAGCAACUACGAGAUAACGUUUUACCAAGGAAAGCAGUAUUGAAUGAAAAUUUUUCUCCUGUUUAUUCGCUUGACAUACCUGUGCGUUUACGUUGGUAUAGUUGAUUAUUUAGUCCCGGACAAGCGACGAUGGUGAACCGUAGCUGUACAUGACUUUUAUCGUAUCGGUAUUGUACCGAUUCACCGGUGAGAUAUCAUGGUACGAAUGCCCCCGUUAUCAAGAGUAUCGAGUACAUAAAAUUGUUAUUAAUAUAUAUAUUUAUAUAUAUACAUAUAUAUAUAUAUAUAUAUAUAUAUAUAUAUAUAUAUAUAAAAUAUUUAUGAUUAAAUAUUAAUAUAUUUACAAAUAAAACAAAGAAGAGUAAUGUAUUAGUAUUACGAUCUUAAGUUGUGAUAACUGUUGUGCGUCUGACUGCUGGGCAGUCUGGAAUUUAUAAGAGAAAACAAAUACCAGUGGCAGUCAGUCAUUUCAUAGGAUACGUGAAAAUAAAACGAACUAGAAGAAAUAAAAAACAUACAAAAAAAAAGAGGAAGAAAGAAACGAAGAAGAUCAGAGAACGAAUAAACGUAACAAAUAUUUGCCAAUUCGUCUGGAUCCAGAUCGAUGAAGAGGAAACGUUAGGGGCGACUUGGCAAACGUUCUCCGCUCGGUUCUAUCGAAGUUCUUCUUCUUCCACGAAGGAAACACAAUUAUUUGCCUGAGCCAAACGGUCGGCAACACAUUCCACUGUAACGUGGUCGAGAGCUAGAUGGACGCAUGUACAUUUCUAAACAAUGCCAAAGGAACUUCUAACGUGCUAACACUUUCACGCUGUUUGGACACCACUCGUGGGCCGAUUUGGAUAUUUUCUUUUUUUUUUUUUUUUAAUGGGUGAUAGAAUCGAAGAGAGGAGGAUCGGCUACAUGGGAUCGUGGAUCGUGUUCAUAUUGGACCCUUCGUUGGCAUCGUUCGGUUAAGAGACAAUUUCGGUGCCAAACAGUUGUACAUAAUACUGUAAAUGUAGGCGUAAAACCAAAAAGAAAACACACACAGAUAUGAUGGAAAGAAUUUAUUCGAGGCGACAGAGAACGAGCCGCUGGUUUCGUUGCAUGCCGGACAUUGAACAGAAAUAAUCAUGUCCUCCCUGAAGGCAACACGAAUUUGAUUCGCGGGAAAAACGUGUCGCGUCGCGUUGCGUUUCGAUCAUCGAGGAACAUUGAUGAUGCCAUUCACGCGCGAACUCUAACACGGAAGCGCGUUCCGAGAGGAAGUCGAAGAAUGCGCUCGCAUCGCCUCCUUUCGUUCGCUUUGCAACAGAGACGCUUGUAGAAACACGCUACUCCUGCAUCCUCUUUUUAAAUAAUUGCUAGAUUUAUUUUUCGAGGGUGUCUCUCCCUGAUGCCAAGGUUCAUUUCUUAUCGAGAGACUGUCAUUUCCGGAUGGUUGAUCGGUCUCUCCCGUUGAAGAAGGUCACAACCUGCCAAUGAUGUAUGGGCUCAGUCGUUCGUGCUCGACAUCCGGUUUCAGAGCGUGGACGAUGCAUCGGCGGCAGAUUGGAAUCGCGAGUUCGUUUUUCAAUUUGAUUAAAUGGAAAUAUAUCUUUAUCAUGUCUACCGUAGGAAUGAAUUCGAAUUAUACAGGAUAUUUCGUGACAUGUGGAGCAAAUUUUAAAACAUUGAUAAGGAUUAAUUUCUACAUAUCGAAAGAAGAAAUUUGAUUUUUAUCAUUUUUAUAAUUUAAUCUGUUAAUUUAGGAAGAUAUCUUAUUAAGUAAAAGGAUUCAUGAAUAAUCAGUUAUAACAUAUUUCGGUUAUCGCAUUUACGUGAGUUUCUUUAUCUAGCAGAUAAAAAUUAAUGAAUCAGCGAUUGAUGAGUUAAACUGCCAGCUGCACGAUAUAAAUAAAUUCUGCAAAUACCAAGAAUCUAUCAAACAGUAUAAUAAGAAAAUUAGUAAAAUCAGCUACCAUUGAAAAUAAUAAUUCAGAAACAAUAUUAAAUAUAAAGAAAUCUAAAAAUUUCACAAUUUGUGAAACAGCCUGUAUAAAUAAGAACAGAGAUACAUAUUCGACGUGAAUUGAAUUAAUUUUUCCUUAUCAGCGAACUCGACGAACACCUUCUCCUAGGUUUCAUAUUUAUUUAUUUAUUUAUUGUAUUUGUAGACGGACUUCCUGCGAACGCGUCUCCGUAUUAUCCUCUAUCAAUUAAGAGCGAGAAAGCAUGGUAAAAGUAUACAUGGGAUCGGAUGUGACACGUUUUAGGGACGAUCUUUCGUUUCUCGUACCGUAGAACGAUGUACUGUGCGAAGAACAAAUUCGUUGUUAAUUAAUAUCGAUGUAUCACGCGUAAAAAGAAGUGGUAUAAAAUCGUGCGAACGAAUUGUUGCCGAGUUUACGCGAAUAAUUUACGUUUCACCCUAAUUGUGGAUAGUUUCGACGUGCGCAACAAACGUUAUUGUAUAUCCGCGAAAGGGCGAGGUUUUUGUUUCAAUCAUGUCUUGGCGUGUAUUACGGAAAGAGUGGAAUAUUACAUAAAUUAAUGUACACAUUA